GCCUAAAUUUUGUUGGCAGAAUUUAUCUCGAUUGUCCAUGCAAAGUGUAGAGUGAAGGAUAUUGUAACGGAUCAAAUAGGUGCACCUGAAGCAAUACCGCCCUUCGUUGUAAUUCUACAUGAUAGCUUAGGUUGUGGCCCCGAAGAUGUCGAUCUCGCGACAAGAUUUUGUCAAGUUAACAGGCCACAAGAACUUCACCCAGCGUCUUGUCCUUGCGACACUCACGGGUCGACCAGUACACAUAUCAAAGAUCCGACCGAAUUCGCCCACCAACCCUGGCCUUGCCCCGCAUGAGGUCUCGUUUCUUCGGCUUCUCGAAGCUGUCACCAAUGGCAGCUCUAUGCAAAUAUCCUAUACGGGAACGACCGUAACAUAUCAGCCUGGGCUCAUCACCGGCGCAGUAGCAGGCUAUGGCGCCGGCGACGGAGACAUAAUCGAACAUAAUAUCCCGGCUACGUGUACAAGGGGCGUCACAUAUUUCCUUUUGCCUCUGUGCUUAUUAGCACCCUUCUCUAAAGCCCAUAUGAAUGUGCGCUUCUCUGGACCGGGCGUGAUCACGGCCGCCACCGAAACAGGUGACUUAUCCAUCGACUCCUUCCGUACUGCGAUUCUCCCCCUAUACGACCUCUUCGGUAUACCGGCGGUUCGAAUUGAAUUACGAAUCUUGCAAAGGUCAUGCACAGGACAGCGAGGUACUGGUGGCGCGGGGAUAGUUGAACUCAGAUUUGCAAGCCAAGUCCGUUUACCCAAGACCCUACAUCUUCACCGGAAUCCCGGACGGAUAAAACGGAUACGAGGCGUCGCAUAUUCAACUGGAGUAUCUGCUUCGAAUAAUGCACGUAUGAUACACUCUGCGCGAGAAGUGCUAAAUGCCUUUUGCGCGGAUAUCCAUAUCGCCGCACAAUACGAUCAGGCGCCGCUGGUCGCCGAUCCUGGGGACAAGGCAGGAGGGAAGAAGAGAAUGGGCAUUGGAUUUGGUCUCAGCUUGGUCGCUGAAUCGAAUGUCACUGGUGUGCUGUUUUCGGCGGACACAGUGGUCCCAUCGAAAGGUGGCGUGGUCCCAGAAGAUAUAGGGAAAAGAUGUGCGUAUCAGCUCCUAGAUUCGAUCAACCAGGGUGGUUCUGUCAGUAGAGCGGCUGCACCAACACUGCUGACUUUGAUGGCAAUGGGAUCUGAGGAUAUCGGUCGCCUACGGAUAGGAAGGGAAAUAAUAGGCAGUGAAGAGAUAAUAGAGCUGGCGCGAGAUUUGAAAAAGUUUGGCGCUAGUAGUUGGGGCAUAAGAGAUGUCGAUGAGGAUGACACAGACGACAUUAUCAUCGGCGUUAAAGGUUCGGGUCUAGGAAAUGUGAGCAGAAAGGUCGCGUAGUUAACCAUACAAUAUCCUAUAAUUU